AUGCGGCAGCGUGAGGCACAAAUUGUAGCUACCGAAACUUCCGAGCAACGAGAGCGACGUCUGCAAGAUAUGCGGCAGCGUACGGCAUAUCGUGUAGCUAAUGAAAAUGACAAGCAACGAGAGCGACGUCUGCAAAAUAUGCGGCAGCGUGCAUCUCAGCCUGUAGGUACUGAAAAUGACGAGCAACGAGAGCAAAAUCUGCAAGAAAUGCAGCAGCGUGCAUCACAGCGUGUAGCUACUGAAAAUAACGAGCGACGAGAGCGACAUCUGCAAGAUAUGCGGCAUCGUGUGGCACAACGUGUAGCUAAUGAAAAUUACCAGCAACGAGAGCGACAUUUGCAAGAUAUGCGGCAGCGUGAGGCCCAACGAGUAGCUACCGAAAAUUACGAGCAACGAGAGCGACGUCUGUAA